AUGGAUACUCUGUAUCCGAAUCUUUACGAGCGCUUCAAGACUGAGGGCCUCUGUCCCAUUUGCUUCAUGGAGAUGGAACUGAUGCCCAGAUACUCGUGCAUUAACGGGCACACCGUAUGCUACCGUUGCAAACCUUAUUAUUACAACUGCUUCACGUGCGCGGCACCGUUGGAUGUGGAGAUCCUGUCGCCACAACAAGACGUAUCCCAGUCGGUACACUUGAUGCCACAUCCCAUGCCAUCGCAUCGUUAUGACGAUUAUAAUCCUAGCGCGCAAUCGAUGAACGAUUUUCUGGACCACGAAAGAAGACCUUGGGAAGCUCCGUCCGUGCCGUCUGAGAAUCAGCGUUUCGAAUCCUGCUCGUAUUCUCAUCUAGGAUGCUGGGUGAAAAUACCGGAGCACCUGCGAGUGCUUCAUGAGUCGAGAUGCCAAUUUCGACCGCACUUGGAACAGCAACACAUGCCAACCGAUCUUCACCACAGCCAUGACGAUUUGGUAGAUUGUUCGUACUCUGCAGCAGGAUGCAGGGUACGAACAGUGCCAUGGAGGCGUAGUAUUCAUGAGCAAUAUUGUAUCUACAAGACCAAGAACAUGUUCCAAAGUGUGAAUGAUAUGAAUGACGAUUUCGCAUCUGCGACGAUUUCCGAUAACGAUUACGGCGGUGAUCCUGAAGAAUUGGUGCAAUGCAAAUUUAAACAGUAUGGCUGUAUGGUGAAUAUUCCGAGGAGGCGGAAAUACAUACACGAGCAGAAAUGCCAUUACAAGAACCAUGAAGGAGACGUAUUCCAGAAUACGAACGACAUGAGCGACGGUUUCGCGUCCUUGACGAUUGCCGAUAACGAUUACAGCGGCGAUCCCGAAGAAUUGGUGCAGUGCAAGUUUAAUCGGUAUGGUUGUACGGUGAAUAUUCCGAGGAGGCGAAAGUACAUACACGAACAGAAAUGCAACUACAAGAGCCAUCAAGGAGACUUGGAUGGUUUCGAUUAUCCCGCGCAACUAGAAUUAGACCCUGACGAGCAAGUAGAAUGCAAGUGGUCCGAAUACGGUUGCCGAGUCAGACCGAAACGCUCUCGUAAGCAAAUUCACGAGGAUAAAUGUAACUACAGAAAGGAAUCACCAUCAAUGCGUUAUAUUUAAGCUAACCUUAAGAUAUUCCCAUGAAAACACACAAUUACGAUUUUAAUUAUACCGAACUAAACUAAUGAUAUUCAAAAAAUUAAUAUAAUUCUUGCA